UCGUUACGUGACCUUCAAAAUCAAAAUACUGGACGGAUGGCAGGUCCCAUAUUCUAUAUGAAUCAAUGAAAAAUGAUAAAAUUAAACAAAGGGAUUGUAUUAUUAAAAAAAUCAAAAUAAACUUCAACUAAUUAAAUUAAAAAAUUAAUAUCACCACACUUCAAGUUUUAAAUAAUAAUUUAUUUUAAAAUCCAUUUCUUGGAACUAUGAAGUGACAAGUUAGAAAGUAGCCGUACAAAAUUUGAAUUAAACCUUCCUUCGUCCACCUUCCCUUCGUGGCUCUCGAGCCUUUCCUCAUAGCUGCGUGCAGGACGAAAUUUCCAUUUCUAAUAUAAACAGUUGUUUUCAAUUCCUCCCGUUUGUACGAACUCUUUUUAGGAGUUUCUGGAUUUCUACUACUGUUUCAUGCUAUGGCUGUUCUUCCUGUGGACGAAAAGCCGCCAAAGCGAGGAACGCCUCCAAAGGUGAAGGAAAAUUUUCUUGGCGGAAAAGCUUUGGCUGUUAUCAAAAUGACAAGCAAGCAAGUGACAUGCCAUAAACGGAAGAGAGCCGAAGCAGUCAGUCUAUAUGAUAAUGAAGAGCUUAAAUCUGCAGUCUUGAAGCGAGCCGCAGAAGUUGAAUCAAAUCUAGCACCUGAAUUUCCUAGCAUGAUAAAACUUAUGCUUCCUUCUCAUGUUUCAGGAGGAUUUUGGCUGGGUCUUAAUAAGCAAUUCUGCGAUGAACAUAUGCCAAAACAAGACACAAUGAUUGUUUUGGAAAAUGAAAGUGGAAUGAAUUAUCAAGCAAAAUAUCUCGUAAAGAAGGUAGGCCUUAGUGGAGGAUGGAGAGGUUUCAGCAUAGCUCACGAGUUGCUAGAGGGCGAUGUCUUGGUUUUUCAACUAGUGAGACCAACUAAAUUCAAGGUCUACAUUGUGAGAGUAAAUGGUCUAGAAGAAGUUGAUGGUGCUCUUGGCCUUUUGAAAUUGGAUAGUUGUAUUAAACAAAGGAGUCCUGAGAAUCUGAGUACAGCUACUGAAGCUAUAGAAUAUCAGGAGACAGAGCCCCACUUAAUGUGCAAUCCAGAUUUAAACAAUCAAAAGUAUGUUAAUAUGGCCAAUGGUGCUAACUAUGGGCACUUAUCAGAUCAUUCUGAAAAUGAACGUGAGGAUCUUGGCUUUGAUGUUUUGGAUGGAAUCAGAUUGUCAGAAUCUGCUGUUGAUUUUAAUCAAGUGAAGAGUUUUGAUGAUUUUGACAUUAUAAUUAAUGGUUUAGUUAUAAACCCUGAGCUAUCCAGGCACCUUCAAUCCAAGUAUUAUGAUCUUUGCUGCAGCCAAAGAUCAUUUCUCCAUGAACAGCUUCUUGGUGGCCUUAAUUGUAAGCUGGCUGCAGGAGUAAUAGCAGAAACUAUUAACAUUGCUGAUGCCAUUAGAGCAUCCAAGCUUACCAACCCACUAGAAAGUUUUGCUACCUGGAAGAGGACUUUGAAAGCCUUCCAAACACUGGGAAUGAACAUCAACUUCUUGCUUGAUCGGUUAGAUCAGCUCACAAGCCUCGCUGCAAAGUCAAGAAGGCAUAAGGAAGCUAGAAUUGAAAGAGUUAAUGCAGAAGAGGAGUUGAGAACCCUCGAGACAAAGCUUUUGGAAAUAAAAGAGACUAGUAGUAGACUUGAUAUUGAGAUUCAGCAGUUGGAAGCGAAGUCUGAGAAUUACGAACUUAAGUUCCGAGAAGUAGCUGAAGCCCCAUGGUGAGCAGAACAUGGUAUUGCCAUUUAUAGUUUUUGGUUAGGAAACAAGGGCUUCUUCUUCAGUGAGGCCAAUGAUUUUUAUGCAGGGAUGGUUGUAAAUAUAAGUAUCAACUGGAAAUUUUGACAAAGAAAAUACUCAGUAGCAACGUUUAAGGGAGUAUUUUCUGCCAGGAAAGAUAAUAGAUUGAGACUAAUCUUUCUUUCCUAUUGUUUGUAUUGCCAGAAAUGUAAUUGAACAGCUUAUGAUGAAUUUUAAUUGGUGUCUCUAUACAAGAAUACACUUUCUCAGGUCUU